UUCUCUCCAUUUCUCCUCUUUCUUUACCCUUCUAACUCUGUAUGUCCAUAGCCUGAUUAAUGAGACAACUAUUUAUUUAUGGAUAUUUACAAAAGGACGAGAGAUAUUUACGUUAAAGCAAUAAAUCUGUCUCGUCAUAAUUGGCAUGGCGUCGUCUGCUAGCUGUGAGAGAAGGAAAUACCUCAGAAGACCACCCAUUGCAAAGCUAAGUGUGUGAAUAAGCAGAAAAGAGGAGCAAGAGGAGGAGGAGGACCUACAAAACGAUACAGGUCAAAAGAAGAAGGGGAAGAGCCUGGGCCAUGAUAGCACAGAGCAUCACGCCCUUGUACGGGGGGUCAGCCAGGAGGGAGAAGGAUGUGGUCACCCCGCACAGCAUCUCCAUCAUCCUCUUCAUCGAGAAAUACGCCAGGCUCAGACCUAAGUACUGGGACCCCCGGCCACCAGAAGGAGAGGUUGAGGAUGUGGAAGUGAGCCCUGGCGAGCGUAAGGCCACCUGCCUGCUGACUGUACGGCUGGUCCAGGGCGGGGACCUGGUGUUGUCGGAGCUGCUGGAGAUGCUUGAGGCAACCCCCCUCCUGGCCCUCCACGUCACCGCCUUCAUGACGUCGCUCCAUGAGAUGUAUUGCAAUGGCAUCGACAGCCUGCUCACCCUGUUUGACGCGGUGGAGAAGUUUGCCGUUCAGGACCAGAUACGGCUGGAGUCCUUCCCUUGCCUGUGGACCAGCGUGGUGGGCCUGUACUUGAGGCGGCUGAACCUGUCCUUCCGGCGGCUGAGCUUCUCGCAGGUCACCUCUCUGUACCAGCGCUUCCGAGCCUACUACGAGGAGUGCUACACCAGCCCGCCGCACCAACACCCCGACCUCCAGAUGUCAGCAGAGGAGUCCAACAUUGUGGAUGACACGGAUUCUGAUGCCAAGAUGGAGGAUCUGAUGGAGGAAACCCGAGUGGAUGAGGAGGAGGAGGAGGAUGACGUGGAAGAGGAGGAGGGUGAAGGUGGAGGUGGGAGGGCGGAUAUGACUGAGUGCAACAGUGAGGUCAUGGCCCUCAGCUCCCUGUGUGACCCGCCGCCCACCACUGCCAGCACCGCCACCCCUGCACCCCAGUACCCGCCUCUCCUGCCACAUGUACCACACCCAAGGGAGGUGGAGGGUCAGGCGGGCCACAGCACCAGGCAGCAGGCAGAGCUCUUCAUCAGUCAGCAGACCUCCCUCCUGCAGUUCAACGAGACGGCGGCGCUCUCUCCCUCCCUCCUGCAGGCCAAGAUCAAGCAGCUGGUGAAGCAAAACCCAGACAUGGCAGAAGCUCACUACCUCAGCUACCUCAACUGCCUGAGGGUGAAGGAGUUCUCCGGGGCGGUGCACAGCCUGCUACGCACAUACGACGGCCAGCUGACCACACGGGAGCCUGGGCGGGUGGAGGACCAGGGCCGUGGCUUUCGAUAUGCGGCCAUGAACCUGGCGGCCCUCCAUGCCCACUUUGGACACAAAAAAGCUGGGUUGUUUGUGCUGAAGGAGGCCAUCCGCUUGGCCCAGGAAAGCAGCGACCACAUGUGUCUCCAGCACGCCCUGGCCUGGCUCUACACCCUCUCCCCCACACACAAGGCCCAGCUGAUGAAACGGUCGAUGGUGAAGAGCUGUGAGUUGUCGCUGAGUUACCUGAGCUCCCUGGGACGCCUCAACCAUGCCUUGCAGCUCUCCCACACCAAGACUGCUCCGGCAACCCUCCUUCAGAGCAUAGUGAGGGCUGAGGCGCUGAACUGCAAGCACAGCCUGGUGUCCCUGCAGCAUGGGGCGUGGGCCCUGCGUGCUGCACUCUGGGCCAACUGGGGAGUGUCCACCAUGACCAGCCUGGCCUCCCAGCUCCUGCUCCACCUCAACACCCACCACCCCACCAGCCCAGCCACCUUCUACUCCGCCCAGCCCACGUGUGCGGCAGUGUGCAAUAUUGCUGUUGGGCUCGCAAACAUGGGAGACUACCAGCUGGCAGGGGAGGUGCUGCAGCAUGCCAGGCAGAGGUUCCCCGCCCACGGCCAGCACUCCUCCACCUGGAUGUUCACCCAGGCCCAAAUCAGCGUGGUGGACCUACUGCACCAAGGCCGCUGGACUGAGGCACAGGCGGCCAUCACCAGCAUGGCCACCACACACCCCACGGAGGCCAAGCUGAAGCAGAGUGAGUUGCUGAUCUGCAAGGGUCAGGUGACGGAGGCGUGGCAGCUGCUUGGAGCGCUGAGGAAGGAUCCUGAGGUGGUGGGUGAGCUUCGGGUGCAAGUGCUGUUGAUGGAGAGCUGUGCGUGUGUUGCCGGGGGAGCGUGUGCUGUGGCGCUGCCCAUACUGGUGGAGGCACUGUCCACCGCACAGCACCACCACCUGGCGUACCUUGCCGCCCUCACAAACCUGCACACGGCCAACGUACAGCUCCAGCUCGGGUUGCUGCGGGAGGCCAGGGCGAGCGUCACCGCCGGCCUGGGGACCGUCCUCACCGGAGGGUCGGUGUAUGACCAGGCUCGGGCCAGGCUGGUGGAGGCCAAGUUGCAGGUGAGCGAGGCCCGGAGCAAGGAGCGGACGGGUGUGCUGCUCAAGGCGGCCAUCUCCCUGGACCUGGUGCACAAGCUGUUCAUGAAGGUGCGGGCGUACCACAAGGUGCGGGAGACACUCUACUUCAAGGCUCGACUAUACCAUGAAGUGGGUUACCUUGAAGAACGCAACAAGUGUGCUCUGGAUUUCCGCCAGUUUGAGCUGCAGCACCCGUGUCAGGCGUACCAGCUCACUGUCAACUCAUUUUGAGGAGACAGGCUGCCUUCUCUCUCUUAUUGGUUGGACUGUGAUAUGUACUUGAUGCAGAAAUAUUUUUUCUAGUUCUAUUAAAAAUACUAAAUUUUGCAUCAGGGAAUAGAAAAUAAAAACAACUGAAACUCAUGUUUGAUGUAGGAAGGCAAUAAGUUUUCUUACACAGUUUGAGGUUGGAAUAAAUAACAACACACCUUCUUCCUGAACACUUGUUUGGUUCUUACUUUCUGAGACAGGUGAGAAAGUUUUGGUUUGAGGCUCAACAAAAACACCCAUAGGCACUUUAAAUUGAUGAUAAAAUCCUUUACCCUUGUAAAAUGUUAAUUUAAAUAUAUAUACAUUUUACAACAAUGUUAUACAAAGUUGUUCAUACACAUAAUUUCCAAUAAAUUAAUCUUUUUAAGUAUGUCAUUGUUAUGAACUAUUAUAUUUGCUUUUGAACAGUUGCUGGAAUUAUUGGCAGUAUGGAUUCACUUCUUAGAGACAGUUUGUAAUGUUGUCAAGGCAGUGUUGCUUGCACCAAUUUGCAAUAAUAGAGUUAAGACCAGUCAUGAAAAGCAUUCAUUAUUUUUUGGACGGGUGUAAAGGCCAUGUCCAAAAACUGUUACCCAAACCAUUUUAUUUUCUGAACACCGUCAAA